AUGGACGUCGCUCAGUCUGGGGGUGCUGAGCCUGGGGGUGCUGUGACUGGGGGUGCUGAGCCAGGGGGUGCUGCGUCUGGAGCUACUGAGCCUGGAGCUGCGGAGCCUGCGGCCACUGGACCUCCCCUUGUGGCGUCUGGCGGUGCGGGACCUGGCGGUUCUCCGGGUGCUUCGCCUCGGCGGGAGCCCCUCUCUCCACAGGAGCUGCGCGAGUGGUUUGCUCGCCGCUGGAGACGUACUGCUGGAGCUGGAGCUCCUUCGGCUGCUGAGGGUACUUGUGCCGCUGGUCCCGGAGCUGCUGGGCCCUCGGGUCCGCCUGGAGCUGGAGCUGCCGCGGGUGUUGGUGCUGAGACUGCUGCUGUCCUUCCUGGCGGUGGUCCUGCUGCGGGUACUGCUGGUGCUGCUGGAGGUACUGGAGCUGGAGGUGCUGUUGGCGCUGGUGCUGCUGCUGAGGGUGCUGUCCCUGCUGUGUCUGGAGUCGCCGCGCGGCCUCGGCCGUACUUCGUUCCACUCCUACAGCAGGUUCUUGGUCUUUCUCCUCCUGCAGCGUGUCCACAGCCUGUUCAGUCACAGUCCCAGUUAGAGCCCGCCUCCCCACUUCCUGCUCCCUCUCCUUACACUGGUCCCACUGGAGGUCUUGCUGAGCGUCGUGAGCCUGCGUCUCGUCCUGCGUCGCCUGUUCGUGCUGCUCGCGCUAGUGGUCGCGGUUCGCGUCAGCGUCCUCCUCCUGUCCCUGGCACACACCGGAUGUCUUUGCGUCCGUCCACUGCUCCUCUGCGUGCCCCUUUGCCUUCUCCUCCUGAGUCCUCCCUUCCUGCACUUACCGACCCAGAGUCCGACUCUCUUCGUGCUGCUAGUCCUACUGUCACACGUCUCCUUGCUACUGUCGUCACUGACCCCUCUUUUGAGUCCACUGCUGCGUCUGCUCUUGUUGCUGAGCUCGUCGACUUUGCUGCUAGCUGA